AUGGUGCAAUGGGGCAGAGUCUUCGGACUCGACGGCAAUCGAGAUCGUCGCGGCUUCAGAGACGAGGCUCGUCGCUUACUCCCAAGCUUUCAAGAAGAAGGGAUGCCCUCUGCAAUUGCGCCCGAAGAAGUCACGAAAGUUGCCCUACGUCUGCGAUAUCUGAUUGAAGAGAGCGUCCCCUGCGAGCUGGAAGAAGGCCUCAUCACCCAAGCACAUAGUCGAAUUAUCACACACAAGGUUGUGCAAGCCGCAAAGGAGGCUGGUGGGGACCAGUAUGGAGCCUGCGUGGUGUACUGUCUUCUGGUCAACAAGAGAUGGUUCAAGAAACAAGCUUCACUCGAGCUCUGGGAUGCAGAUUUGCACAAUGUGAGAGCGGUGGCUUGUGAGGUGAUUGCGAAGCAGCUCAUCGAGACGGAAGACAGCCUCGACUACCUUCUCCAGGAUAUUCUCCUGAAACGAUACUCCAUCAUCAUCGACAACGAGGUCACUCACCCAGCAAACGUAAUCGAGCGUGCGGUAGAUCUGCAUGCUCUUCGAGUGACCGGUUCCUCUGGAUACCAAAAAUGCGUCAACUACCUCUGGAGGGGUUGGCUGGUUCAGGACGACAUGGAUGCAAAUCGAUUCGUCGACUACAAGAAGAAAGACAAUGUCAACUACUGGACGCAUGUUCAUCCCGAUCGUAUGCGCGCUCCGGUUUAUCAAAACGCGACUCAAAUCGUGAUUUCUCUCAUCUAUCUUGGCCUCUACACUGGUGCUAUCAACACUGUCAACUCAACUGGUGAUCUUGACUUCGUUGAAAUCGUGCUCUAUAUCUUCACAUUCGGAUUUCUUUGCGAUGAGUUCAGCAAAGUUUGGAAAGUUGGACGGAAUUACUUGGGUUUCUGGAACGUGUUCAAUCUUAUGCUCUACGGAAUGUUAACCACAAGUUUAAUCAUUCGUAUCAUUGCUCUUGGGCAUCCUAUCGGAGAGGAUAAGCGAGCAAAGUUCAACGAAUUGAGUUACAAUUUCUUGGCCUUUUCUGCACCUAUGUUCUGGAUGAGAUUGCUCUUAUUCUUCGACUCUUUUAGAUUCUUCGGGGCUAUGCUUGUUGUACUCAAAGUCAUGAUGAAAGAAUCACUGAUUUUUUUCGCUUUGCUCUUCGUGAUAGUAAUUGGAUUCUUGCAAGCAUUUAUUGGUAUGGAUAAUGCUGAUUCUAACAAAGACGCUACAACCUUCAUUCUCCAAGCCAUGGCCAAUGCCGUGAUGGGAUCUCCCGAGUUUGACAACUUUGACAAUUUCGCGCCACCAUUUGGAAUCAUUCUCUACUACAUUUUCUCAUUUCUGAUAAUGGUCAUCCUUCUUAACGUGCUGAUCGCCCUUUACAAUUCUGCUUACGAAGACAUCACCUCGAACGCAAUUGACGAAUACAUGGCUCUCUUUGCUCAGAAAACAAUGCAAUUUGUCCGUGCCCCAGACGAGAACGUCUUCAUCGCCCCUUUUAAUCUGAUCGAAAUCUUCUGUCUCAUCCUGCCCUUCGAAUGGUGGAUGUCCCGAAAGACAUACGCCAAACUCAAUGAUAUCGUCAUGGCCAUUGUCUACUCACCACUUCUAUUCGUCGCUGCAUGGUUCGAGAAGAGGAGUGCUAAGGUGGUGAGGAGCAAUCGCAAGCGCGGAGAGGAGGAUGACGACACGGUUGAGGAAUGGGAACAGAUGGCUGGUACUGUGGACUUUGAAGGCGAGGGCUGGGAUAAGAAGGUUGCGAGUGCCAAACCGGAUGUGGAGAGAGAUACCGCUACUCAUGAGGUUAGAAAGUUGAGAGGUGAGGUGGGGGAGUUGAAGGAGUUGAUUGAAAAGUUGUUGAGCGCUAGUGGGAAGAGUGAGUAG